CUUUCUGUGUGUUUGCGUUUGACAAAGAAAUGAUUUGAACUUCCCACUGCUUCAUAAAAAGGAACCCGAGGAGCGGUCCUGCCAUGUGGAUGUGAUUUUUCCUGCUCCGCGGCAGAUGCGCCGGGGGAGCCGCCGCCCGCGGGGGCUGCGGCGCUGAGGGAAGCGGGGCCGCCCGCUCCGCACCGGCUGCGCGGCCGCUCCACCAUGCGAAAGCGGAGCAAAGGACCGGGGCUCCUCGUCAUGUGCCUUUCUGGCUAAAACUGUGGAAACAAACAAACAAGCAAUCAAACAAACACAAAUUCUGGAGCGGGGGGGGUGGGGGGGUGGGGGGGCGGGAGGGAAGGAGAAGGAGAAAUCAUCUGCGACCGGAGCGCUGGAAGACCUCUCGUCCUCCUACUUCCCUGAGCGAGCGUGGAUGCUGGAAGGAGCCUCUUGGAUAUGGGAUCAUAUCUGGUGUAUCACAGCCUGGGUUUGAUCCUCUGCUGCUCCGUGCUGAGCUCAGUCUACGCGCUGGUGGAUGCUGAUGAUGUCAUCACCAAAGAGGAGCAGAUCUUCCUACUGCUAAAAGCCAAGGCAAAGUGCGAACGACACCUGAAAGCCAAGGUGCCCAAGGUGCAUGAUGGCUUUUGUCUUCCUGAGUGGGAUGGCAUUGUCUGCUGGCCUGAGGGUGUGCCAGGCAAAGUGGUGGCUAUGCCAUGUCCUGAGUACAUCUAUGACUUCAAUCACAAAGGCCAUGCUUAUCGUCGGUGUGACCUGAACGGGAGCUGGGAGCUGGUCCCAGGCAACAACCGCACCUGGGCAAACUACAGUGAAUGUGCCAAGUUCCUCACCAACGAAACGAGGGAAAGGGAGGUCUUUGAUCGCCUCUAUUUGAUUUAUACUGUUGGAUACUCCAUCUCUCUGGGAUCCCUCACAGUUGCUGUCCUUAUCCUGGGAUACUUCAGACGUUUGCACUGCACUAGAAACUACAUCCACAUGCACCUGUUUGUCUCAUUCAUGCUGAGAGCUGUGAGCAUCUUCGUGAAGGAUGCAGUCUUGUACUCUGGGUCAGCUUUGGAGGAGAUGGAACGGAUCUCAGAGGAAGACUUGAAAUCCAUCACUGAAGCACCUCCAGCAGAUAAAUCACAGUUUGUGGGCUGUAAAGUAGCAGUUACCUUCUUCCUCUACUUCCUGGCAACCAAUUACUACUGGAUUCUGGUGGAAGGGCUCUAUCUCCACAGCCUCAUCUUCAUGGCAUUUUUCUCAGAGAAGAAGUAUCUUUGGGGAUUCACAUUAUUUGGCUGGGGACUCCCUGCUAUAUUUGUUACAGCGUGGGCCAGUGUGAGAGCCACUCUCGCCGACACAGAGUGUUGGGACUUGAGUGCUGGCAAUUUAAAAUGGAUUAUUCAGGUGCCCAUCCUGGCAGCUAUCGUGGUAAAUUUUAUUCUUUUUAUCAAUAUUAUCAGAGUCCUAGCAACCAAGCUACGAGAGACGAAUGCAGGGAGGUGUGACUCAAGGCAACAGUACAGGAAGCUGCUGAAAUCUACCCUCGUCCUUAUGCCUCUGUUUGGCGUUCACUAUAUUGUUUUCAUGGCUAUGCCAUACACAGAUGUGUCAGGGAUUCUUUGGCAAGUUCAAAUGCACUAUGAAAUGCUGUUCAACUCUUUCCAGGGAUUUUUUGUUGCCAUCAUAUACUGUUUUUGCAACGGAGAGGUCCAAGCAGAAAUAAAGAAGUCAUGGAGCAGGUGGACAUUAGCACUUGACUUUAAAAGGAAAGCACGAAGUGGGAGCACAACCUACAGUUAUGGACCAAUGGUUUCCCACACCAGCAUCACAAAUGUAGCCACAAGAGGAGCACUUGCCCUCCAUCUCAAUACGAGACUUAUACCAGGGACCCUCAAUGGACACCGGAAUUUGCCAGGUUAUGUAAAAAAUGGGUCCAUUUCUGAAAACUCCAUGCCUUCUUCUGGACCAGAGCAGUACAACAAAGAUGAGGAGUACCUGAAUGGCUCUGGGCUUUAUGAUGGAGACAGACCCACAGUACUUGUUGAGGAAGAAAGAGAGACAGUGAUGUAAAGAGAGGAUGCAAAAAAAGAAGGAAAAGGAUGAAAAAGGUUCCUGGAGAGCAUUUAGUGGGCAAAAGAAUAUCAGGCCACGCAUCGGAUGCCAAGGGUUUCCAUACAGUUUCUCUGUUCUGUGGAACAAGAGGUUAAGUUAUAUGGGAAAAAAAAGUGAGCCACCAAUGUGGCCAGCUGUCGAUCACAUGCAUGUACUCAGUGAUCUGUGUCUCCCUGGUGUUAACAGAGGCAGGGCUAUCCAGAGCCGCUGGCCUUGCCACCUGCUGAACAACAGCGAUACUGAGGGUUUGCGAGGGAGGGUCGCAAAGCAACACGUGGUCCUUGGACCUCUUGGAGAGCGUGGGCAGCCAAGGAGGACAGGAGGCUCACCCAGUAAAGCAAGAGUCUUGCAGGCAGUGUACAGUGCCAUCUUCUUGCCAAGGGGUACAAGCCACCCUGGGCAUCACCGUCUUCAGUUUGGUUUGUGCUUUCCCGGUAAAGUCUGCCUGGUAAUACCCACAACACUGGUCAAGACCCCUUUGGGGGUCACAGCUGCCCGGCCUUGCAGACAAGCACUCAACACGGACAGCUCAGUACUACCAGUCUCAUGUCCUUCCGUUGGGCAAUCUCACUCCUUGGCAAAAUGCUCCUCUGGGGUGGGCAGAGCUAACAGCUCACGGUUGCUAGAUGCAGGCAGAAAACUCUAUUCUCCCCUCCCUGACCUGAGUCCCAGUAGAAGCCAGAAACCAGUGCAAUUUUAGGAUGGAAAAUGUGGUUAUCAGAAGGUGCGCCACUUUUGUUCUUCCAGAUGCAGCAGUGGAGAGGGGCCCACCAAGUGUGUCAAGGCAGGGCAGGCAAUUUGGAGAUCUUGGGUGUGUGCACCUGUGUGUGUGUCGCUAAAAUCAGUUCAGAGGAUAGCCAACUCAGCCCUCUCUUUCUGUGGGUGCUCAUGGAAACAGGCUUCAGCCAUUUUAAAAACCUCUAAAUUGCUUCUCAUUCUGCCCUUUAAAUGUCCAGUUUCUCACUAGCCCAAACCCUCAUGAGGAGUAAGACUCCAUCAACAGUCAGCCCAUAUCACCCAGAACAGAGCCAGACAAACCUACCUUUCUGAGAUCUAACGGCAAAUUUGCUGGAUCAAAGCACAGGGAUUGCUGGGGGAUGGCCACCUUCUGAGCAUCUUCUGCACUUCACUGCUCUUUGUGGUUUGGUCACACACAUAUGUACACUGGGUCAGACUCAGUUGGUGUAAACAAGCCUAACUUCAACCAAAGUCCCUGUGUCUGCCUACAGAUGCUCAGAUGAGGAGAUGCUAUUGCAGUUGCCUCUGAUGGGAAGAGCACAAGGAAAUACCUCCUUCCUACAGGAAAGAGAGACCAGGAAUAUUUUGUCACCCUGCAGAGUAUCCCUUGCUGGUGGGGUUUUUUUUGCAGGGUGUGUUUUCUGAUAGACACCACCUUUGGCAGCGAUGGAGAGCUACAGUCCUUGUUGGCCAACAGCGCGUUGUGCUGGGGCUGUUUCACACCAGCUGAUCAUCUUGCGAAGGGUCUCUGCCAGUUUCCAAGCAUGAUACAGAAUUGCCCAGAAGUGGAAAAUUAGGAACAGUGGCCAAAAUUCCUAUUGCAGCAUGUACUUCCCCAAGGAAGGACUCGGGCUGAGCCAGCUUGGACCCCCCCUUCAGCCCCUGUCAUCACCAUUCCCUUGCUGCAGUCUAAGAGUCAGCUUCUCAUGGUGCUAUUUUUCUUUUUCUUUUUUUCCUUCUUUGCAAGUUUCUAGUAACUGAAGCAUUUUGACCUCACCUGGCUCUUACUCAAAGGGAAUAGGAAAGAGGUAUUGGGAAAGGUUGCAGCAGUCCUUUAGGAUGCAGGCUGGAUCAAUGGGAUAAUGUACUCUCUAUCCCAGUGCUUUAGAUACAGAUGCUGGGUCACAUCAACCAGCACUUGUGAUGCAUCCAGUCGAUGCAAUCAGCUGGUUUCCUAUGGGCAAAUUAAGGACUAACUUCCCAAAAACUUGGAAGAAGGCCAGGAAGACCAGUUGGGAUCUUGACUCUGCAUCCCACAUCUUCUUUACACAGCCUCUCAGGGCCUGAUCCAAAGCACAGCGAAGGCAAGGAGAAAAACCUCCUCCCUUCAGCAUCUCUUGAGUUUUGGAUCCAGACCUGGUAGGGGAUGUGGUGGCUGAGAGGGAGUCCUCUGCCAGGCACUGAAGCACCUCUCCACCAGCUGCAGACGUACAUGAGCAGGUCUUUAAAAGCCAGUAUUUAUUUGUGAUGUUCUUUUCUUGUCUUGCGUCAUUGAAAUAAGUCAAAACUCAUCACAACCAUUUACCACCAAAUGGCAGCUAUUGAAAUGUAAGGUUUUCAAAGAAUAAUCUUUUUUCAUGCUCUCUCAUUAUUGUUGUUGUUAUUCACAUAACAAUGCUAGCAAUAGUAUUACAGAGAAGUUAAGUCAUCUUGCAAGAGAAGUCAACUCCAGUGAAAGUUUGGCAUGGAGAGCUAACCAGCUCCGCGGCGGUUUGGGCCAGCCCAGCUACACUCGCUGCUCGCCUUUCCCUCACAGAUGCUGCUAUGGCUUCUGGAGGCAAUCAGAUGGGGCAGACAUUACUAACAGUCAGCUGCCAGAGUGUGUACAGCUGCAUCAUUUAGUAUCCCAUGUGGCUGAACUGCCGAUGAGAGAGAACACUGCAUAUGUUGGCUCUGGCUUUCCAUCCUUCCAGAAGUAUGUUGUGCUUAAAUCCUGCCAAGUAGAUGCAGUGACCCUCCUGAUUUUCUCGCUCAAAGAAAUUUCCUAGUAUCGUUUCACUGCUGGAACAAGGGGAAAAAAAAGACAAAAAAAAAAUAUCCCACCAAUGACUCACUAUUUGCUUGUGUUUGUUACUGAGAACUCAAGUUUAAUAACAUGUUUGACAAUCACUUUACAAAGUUCAAGGAAUUAGCAAAAGCCAUAAAAUUAUUUAUAAAUAAAUACAACACCCCUCAUAAAAUGCAGCCCUCACUUGAAAUGCAUUAAUCACUGGGUUAUUUAGAAUAAAUGUCUAAAAACUGUUGUUAAACAUAGAUAAAAAUUACAGGCAUGAGUGAUGUACAGGGGAAGAAAUAUUUUCUUAAUUCUUUCAAUUACAAAUCAGACAUAAUAGAUACUAUUUUUUUUUCUGGUUGUCCAGGUGCAUGAACAAUAUUCAUGCAAAAACUGGGAAAAUGCUUGUACCAAAACAGGGGAAUAACUGUCACUAAGGUAUGGCAGACUGCACAUCUGUCAAAGCCUGUUCCUAUCAUUCCUGGGCUGAUCGUAAACUCUUGAUUGAGUGUGUAGGCCACAAUCUGUUAUCUAGAGAUACAAGGACAUCCUUCACUGGUUUUAGCAAGGAAGGAAUCAGACCUGUCGUGUCUAAAACCAGAAGAAACCACAGUUGAAAUAAGUGGUUGCAAUUUGCCCUGGAAGGGCAUCCUGCAGGCGCUCAGCCAAAGCCUCCAUCCAGAGUGGGGUCCUCCAUCCCUGGAGAUGCAGACAUUGCUCAAGGGCAGCUUACCCCAUCCAAAGGUCUGAGUCCACCUGGGAUGACAGCCCCUCCCCUGUCUGAUUUAUUAGUGCAAACGUAGUCCCGAAGGCUACAGAAAACAGAAGGGUGGUGAGGUGAGGAUGCACUCUGUGAUUCAUCCCCCGACCACUGCAAACCCUGCAGGCAGGACAGGGUUUGUGCCCAUCCUGAUUCAGGUCCAACAGGGCACCAUGGAGCAGAGAGAGCAGCUUUGGAGUCAGUGUGCAGCAAACACACAGGCAAAGAGGUUUUCUUAAGUUCACUUCAAGGAGGCAGAGGUCCAAAGGAGCUGGUUGCCUGAAAUUUUUCUGAUUUUCUCUCCUCCAUGGUGUCACAUCUGUGCCCCUUUUCUUCCCAUCCUGCGAAGCAACACUCAGGAGUCCCAUAGACCCUCUCACUUCUCUAAGCAUGCGGGGCUGGCACAGGGCCAAGCUGUGUACUGCAAUACCCCAGCCCACUGGCUCACACAGGGAGGAAUCUCCUUGCCCAUCUUUUGGAUGGGUGUCCUCUUCUCCAGUGCCACAGAGAUGUUGGGUUUGGGUAGGGAACCUCCCCCCCUGACAGGUUCAUCUCAUCGUACCAGCCCUGCACCUCUUCUAUCCCCAUCCAGCACCAUGUGCUCUUCCUCGUGAGUCCUCCCUACCUGAUCUACCUCUUUUCUGGAGGGACACAGAGCUGUUAAGCGUCCCUUAGCCUUGUGUUUCUUAAAGAUGACUUUUGGCAGAAGCCUUGUAAUUUCUGCUUUGCCUGGAUAUGUGCAGACAAAUGUUUUUACACCUAUAUACUGCUUGGUCUUGGUUCAGAUGAGAUCAUGUCUUGUCCUAUCCCUCACCACUCCUCAGCUACGCUUCUUCUUGUCUGAUACAUAUUAGAGCCAAAUCAGUUCACAAAGAUCUCCCAAAAUCAAACCCUUCAGCCAACGUUUGGCUUUAUUUAUCUGUCUAUGGGCAAUUGGCUGAAGGUUGUAGAACAUCCACAUUUCUGGUAAGAAUUUUCCAUUUUUUAAACUAUGAAGAUACAUGAAGAGGGAAGAACUCCAGUACUUUAUUCCUGUUUAUUCUUUUGACAAAUUCAAUGUCUGGCUUAUAAAAGUUUUUAAAUUCCAGGUUCUGAUGUUUCAAAAUGUUAAGAAACCUCAUGGCUAGUUUUGGUUCUCUUGCUUUUUCACUGGCUGAUUUUUCUGCAUGCACACUUUCCACCUAGAAAGCUUCAAGCAGAAUUACUGGUGAUGAGAAGAGUGGUCAGUAUAUCCCUGAACUGGCCCAAAUCUCUCGCUGUGGUCAAUGACUCUUUCACCUGAGAUAGGACUGCAUGAAAUGACAGAAAGCACUUUAAGAGUUGACCUUUAAGGGAGAGGUUGUAUGAACCUGUGAAGUCUUUUAAUGUGCAACAUUUCUUCUUACUGGUGUACAUGCUUUUCUCCACUUGCUGGUGCCCAUGGGUUGGCUGAAAACCAGUCUGUGCCCUGUCAUGAGAAGUUCACAUCUUCUCUGGCCUUAUCUGAAUUUUACAACAUUUCAGCUGUAACAGGAAGCAAAGGAAGCAAAGGAGCCAGUGGAUCUGGGGCAGCAGUAUUUUCCAAACGUGGGGGGGUAAUAAUGGCUCCUCAGCUGUGUAAACUGCCACAGAUUGGCAUUGCACUGAUGGCUGCAAGUUGCAGAGUGCUUGGCAGGUGAGGACGCUUUUAUUUAAGGCUGUGAGCAGGUUAACAGAGGUCUUCACCGCAGCACCUGCUGACAGCACCUGCCAGGGAACAGAUGAUCUGCACCCUCAAGUCUAGGAAAAUCAGGGUUUUUUCAAUGAGCUUCAUGCUGGAACAGGUUUACUGUUUGAUUUUUUUGUUAUUAUUUUUACUGCUCUUUCUGAUGGGCUGCCACAUUCUGCAGGGUAAGCAGAGGACAUACAAUAUCCCUGGCCAGCUACGGAGCUUUUCAAGCAUCCAGUGUGAUACAGAGUAGAUUUUGUAUCUCAUUCCUCUAGGGUAUCUUGAAAUGAGAAAAAUAUUAAAUUGUAAAGGAAAUGAGUUUGUGAAAGACCCUGUAAAUAAAUUUCCAUCGUGAUUGGCUAUGGCUGUCUGGGUUUGCCUGGAAAACAUAAUAGUUUAUAAAUUGUAUAAGUAAAAUAAAGAGCAUGUUCAUCUCUGCGGACAUUCGUUGGAAGGCAGUUCUCCUGGUUCUGCCCAUGGAAGUGAAAGGUUGAACCUUCCAGACAGCAAAUUCUGUUGGCUCAGGGAAAUGUUUUGUUUUGAUGGCAAAUACUGCCAUCCGUAUAAAAACUAUUUGGUUUAUUCUGUUCUACCCAAACUAUUUUUGCAACCUCUCAUAAAAUCAAAAUUCAAGCUUAGCUCUUAGCUAAAGGUGGGAGAGCAAAAGAAAGUAGAUAUGAGUUGUUGUAAAGACACAUAAUUAGCUGAACAAUAAUAAACCAUAACUCCACCACUUUGAUUUUUUGAUAUAUAUAUAUUACAUAUAUAUAUAUAUAUAAAAAUUAUAUAGAUAUAAUAUAUGUGAGAGGGUUUUGUGUGUCUAUAUAUAUAUGUAUAUAUAUAUAGCCUGGAAAAUGCAGAUUGAGUUUGUUUUCAUUCAGGAAAAAGACAAAAUGGAUAAGAAAAACAAAAAAAUGCAGGUUGGCUGCUUUUUUUUUUUUUUCCCCAAUAAUGCUCAGUUGGGCAGAAAUUUUAAACAAGAAAUCUGGUCUCCUUGAUGUUUCCAUGUCCUCCUCGGCCUCUCUGUAGUGAAUUUUCCAAAGGUUAUUAUGAAUGAGUUGGGAUGGAGAGAUGCAUGGACAUGUGGUUCAGAUUGCCUGUGACCAGCUACUGGUCAUUUAAAGCUCAGAGACAUCAAGCAAUCCUGUGCUGAAACAGAGAUAUCGCUGAUGUGCCUCAUUUAGUGGUUAACCCCAAAUUAAUUUGCUGUGUAUAUAUCAAGUCUUGUAAUAGGCAAAGGGUCUCCUAAUGAGGGUGCUACUUUACUCAGUGCUAAUAGUCAUCUUCACUGGCUGCUCUUUGGUCUGUAGGAGGUUUUGGAGAUUUUAGAGCAGGUAUCUUCUACUGUGAGUACAGCAGUUGAAGCUGGGACCAAGAUGUGGUCUUUUGGCAGUGCUGGCAGAUCCCAUGUACCUCCCUCACCUCUAGCAUGAGGUUGCCUGUCCCUAGCAGGUAAAGAAGCCCACAAAAAGGGCACCAGCAAGGUGGACACCCCUACUGUUUAUAUCGAUCCCAAAUUCAGAUUGGUUGGAGUCCUUCUCUAAACUUAACUCCUUUUUCCCAAACUGGCCCUACAAAACAACCCUAAAAACUUAUUUAAAGAACUUGGUUAAGUAUUUAAUUUUCUAUUUUAACUGGAUGCAAAUCCAGGAUUAUUUUUUUUUUUUUUACAGCUAGAAGCCAAUCUCAACUCUUAGUUUCAAAAUCAAUCCAGAGCAUUGGGAUGAGAACAUGUUUCGCUCAGAUCAGCUGCACAGUGCCCUAGUGCCAUCAUACCCAUCAGACGGGGUUCAGAGCACAGGUGGCAGAGGUGGAAGGUCAAUCCAUCAAUACAGUCUUCUGCUCUUGGUGAUUUUGUAAGAAAAGGGCACAGAGAGCAAGAAAGAGACUCGCUGUCUUUGCACCAGACUUAAGAAGGGUUGUAAACAAUAAAAUAGUAAUUAUAAGUUA